GGUGUCGUCGUAUGGAUAUGGAGAUUAAUCGAGAGAUUGACGAGUCUGGUGAAGCUCGUCACCAAUCAUCAGUCACCAUCGUCACCGCAGCUGAUUGCGACGUCACACAUGUGCGUUUAGUCCAUGUUUGUCUCACACAGUAGCCUACUAGCCUCGGAAAUCGGGAUUGGUGCGAAAUUGGCGGUUGCAAUCGGCUGAUCGUGCACGAAAACGUCAAGGAAAAUGCACCUUCAAUUUUAACGGAUGACGAUGAAUUGACUCGUGCGUGCGAGCGACGAUGCUUCCAAAUGAGGUCCUGUCGUAGACGAGACAGUCUGACGUGAGAGAGACGUGUCACGAGCGCAACUCCGACCAACUCCCAGGAGCUAGAAUGUACUGCCUACAGUGGCUGAUUCCGGUGCUGCUGAUCCCGAAACCCGUUAAUCCGGCGCUACUGCAAACCCACGUCAUGUUCAUGGCGCUUUAUCUCAUCGGGUUCUUCCUCGAACGCAAGCCUUGCACCAUCUGCAGCCUCGUCUUCCUCGCCGCAGUCUUCCUCAUCUGCUACAGCGGAAUAGGCAAUUGUCUGCUCUGGAGCACAAAUUGCGACACAGUAAGAUGCGACAAUGGCUAAGGUUGUGCCGAUUGUGUUUAACUCGAUAUCAUUUAGAGAAUUAUUCCCUCUCAUUUCUAUUGCGUAUGCGUGCAUACGAGAGGGAGAGAGCUUACCCCUUUCUCUCUCUCUCUCUCGUCUGCUACAGCAUAAUAUAUGCAGCUUUUCAAUUCACUAGCACGACAUCUGUUUUGUCCAAGGUGUGAAUAUAGAUGAUAGGUUUAGCUUCCCAGGUUAUCCAAACUGAAAGUUUCAGUCAAUCUACAAAUCUACAAUGUAAUGUUCUAUCGGAGACAUUUGUAUAUAGAGUUGAAAUCACAGAAUUCCGAAUAAGCAAAAAUGUGAUAUCUAAUGUAUUUGAUGAUAUUCAUAUGUAGAUUUUAGGGUUUUGUCGCGAUCGUUGACUAAGUAAAUUUCCAGAUUGUAGCGUGAUACAGCUUGUAUUUUUACGCUGCCAAAGUGGCAUAUUCCUUUUAUACUUGCAGCUUCUAAAUUUAGCAGUUUUUAUUCCAGUGUGUCUCUUCUCGAUGCUAAACCAUCACUUUUCCUAGAUUCUUCCUUAUGCAAUUCGAGGAUUGAUAAUUACAUGGAUAAUUUUUAACAAGAUGUAUUCGCACAAUGCGCUUGUAUGUACCAAAGUGAUGUACGAUGUAUGAAAACCAAAGCGUUAAAAAAUUGAAGUUACUACAUUAGUGAAAUAUGAAAAUUGGAAACCACUACUAACAAUGGAAUGGAUUUAUAUUCGAAUUCACGAAAAGAGAUUUAAGUGAUAAACUCCAGUUUUUACUUGCUAGCCCGAAAGCAUUAAUAUAAUAAUUAGCCGACUUGGCGUAAGUAGUGUUACCAGUGUAAAUAUCGAUAGUCAUGUAUAUGUAUGUGUGGCUAAGAAUUACCCAUUCAUAUACAUAUAUUGUAAUAGCUCAUGGAUAUAGAUAAAAAUUGAAUGAAGCGUCACGUCGGUGAAUCUUUUAUAUCUUUGAAGCGUAUAUUGUAAUUGGCAACAUUUUUAUUCCGAUUCGAGAACAUUGAAUUAGUCUGUCACUUAAAGUCUUGGUGUACAAGCACAAAUAAUCUGUGAUUAGACACGAUGGAUUUAUCCGUUUGUUGAAAUAUGCUGUAACUUUGCUACAAUGCUAUUCUCUGUAAUCAUUGCUUCCAUGUAAAAUAUGAAAUAAUGAAGAAACUUUGUGUAAAUAAAGGAGCUCUGUAGGUAGGUUCAUAGUACACAUCGCAGUGUCAGUAAUAAAGAAAGCCCCUAUCAACCGUA